AUGGUUCCUGCAGCCGAUGUUGUUGCGGCAACGGAGGUGAUGGAAGCAACUGCAGUUGACGAGGUUGUGUCAGCGACACAAACUGGUACCAACAAAGAAGUGUCACAGGUCAAUCCAGAAGCACACAGCAAAGUGUCUGUGUUACAAGCGAGUCCAAGAGCAAUUGAACCUGUGGCGCUGGUGGAAGCAGAUGUACUGGAGGCAGUACUGGCAACAGGACUAGUAGUAGUGGGCACUGUGCUGGUGCCAGUGCUAGUUCCUGUUCCUGUCGACACAACGGUGCUUGAUUCAGUGGCUGUAGCAGAGUCGGUGGUGACGCACAGACCGUGA